AUGUACAUUGAAUGUGUGAUUCGUACGGCACAGCCAUUACUACUCGGAUAUGUACUUGAUUAUUUUGCAGGCGUUGAGCAUAUAAGAUAUGACCAUGCUUGUAUGGCGGCCGUGGGUGUGUGUCUGUGCAACUUAUUAUACUUUUUGUUUUAUAAUACCAUUAAAAUACGUUUUGCACAAUUGGGAAUGCGCGCCCGUACAGCAUGCUGUGCACUUAUAUAUAAAAAGUCACUUAAACUGAACCAGUUAUCAAUGGGAAAGACAACUGUGGGUCAUAUUAUUAAUUUAAUGUCAAACGAUGCAAAUCGAUUUGAUUAUGCGCCACAAUUAGCCAGUUAUUUUAUAAUAGCGCCCAUUGACACAGGUUUAACUAUAUAUAUAAUGUACACAUAUAUGGGAUGGUCAAGUAUGGUGGUAGCUGGUUUGAUAACUUUACUUAUAGCAUUUCAAUUCAUUAUGGGCAAUAUGUUUUCAAAAUUUAGAUUAAUGACGGCAAAGCUCACUGACACUAGACUGCAAUAUAUGGUUGAGAUUAUAUCCGGUAUGCGUAUCGUUAAAAUGUAUUCCUGGGAGCAGUCCUUCGCAGACCUCGUGGCUGAGACACGAAAACAGGAAGUGUCGUGUUUACAAAAAUCUUGCUUUUUAAAAGCAAUCAAUAUGUCGGUGUAUAGUAUGGCAUCCAAGUUGAUUUUAUUUGCAACUUUUAUUACCUUGGUACUUACUGGUAGUGUACUGAACGCUAAGACUGUAUUUGUAUCGAUGGUGUUAUUAAACUUUGUAAGAGACAAUAUGACCUGGUGGUUUCCAGUAUCAAUCGCUUGUGGCGCCGAGUUAUUAGUUACAUGUAACAGAAUUCAAGUACUAUUGACCAUGAAAUGUUUACAAUUAGGAGAAACACAAAUAAAAUUCAUUCAAAACCAAAAUAAUUUCUGUAAUCGUGAAACAAAUGGCAAACAAUCGCCCGAAAUGUUCAUUAAUAACAUAACAGCCAAAUGGAGUGAAGAGAGUCCGUAUCCAACCCUUCAAAAUAUUUCGCUACAUUUAAAACCCGGAGAUUUAUUGGCAGUUAUCGGACCGGUGGGGGCGGGAAAGAGCUCACUAUUGAUGACAAUUCUGAAAGAACUGCCGCUUCUGUCGGGGAGUAUAGAAACUGUGGGAUCGAUAAGCUAUGCCUCUCAGGAGUCCUGGAGUUUCAACACUAGUGUCCGAAAUAAUAUACUUUUUGAAGCCGUAUAUAACGAAUCCCGAUAUAAGCGAGUGGUAGAGGUGUGCGCUUUGGAGCGAGACUUUGAGAUAUUUCCGUUCGGAGACAAGACAUUAGUCGGUGAGAGAGGAGUACAGCUAUCGGGGGGACAGAAGGCCCGCAUCACGUUAGCC